UCUUUUUUUCUCUCUCUUUUCUUUCUUGUAAAAUCAUGACUACUAGUGAAUAUCAACCACUAGAGUAUGACCCUGGAUUAGAGCUUGUGCCUCAACAAGAUCGUCAACCUCUCCUUCAAGAUUCGGUCUCUUCUACAUCACCUUUUGUUCAACCUACUACCAUCUAUGUUCAAGACUAUGAACAACACGCCACCGCAACCCCUAUCAGUUGUAUUAUCAACUUAGCAAAUACGAUUUUAGGAACAGGCAUGCUCGCCAUGCCUUCCGCCAUGGCUUCAGUAGGUAUUUUACCUGGAAUUUUCCUGAUCGGGUUUUCGGCCCUCAUGUCAGGCACCGGUCUUUAUUUUUUAUCUAGAUGUGCAGCACGCACAGAAGGUCGAAAUGCAUCUUUUUUUGCUAUCUCUAAAUUGACAUGGCCCAAAAUAGCCGUAUUUUUUGAUUUGGCCAUUGCCAUCAAAUGUUUUGGUGUUGCUGUAUCUUAUCUGAUCAUUAUCGGUGAUUUAAUGCCUCAAGUGAUUGAUUCACUCUCAAAUCAUGCCCACACAGCUUAUUUUUUGACAGAUCGACGUUUUUGGAUCACGCUAUUCGUGUUGGUUUUGAUUUUGCCAUUAAGUUUCUUAAAAAAGCUGGACUCAUUGAAAUAUACCAGUUUGGUAGCCCUGGUGGCUGUCAUUUACCUAUGCGUCAUUGUCUUGUACCAUUACGUUUCUCCUAAUUACCCAUUACCACAAAAGGAAGAUGUUGAAUUGGUCAGUUUUAGUGCGAGCAUUCUUGGUCAUUUGCCUGUGUUUGUGUUUGCCUUUACAUGCCAUCAAAAUAUUUUUUCUGUAUAUAAUGAAUUAAAAGAUAAUAGCAAACAAGCAAUCAAUAAGGUUAUUGCUACUUCUAUCGGAGGUUCAGCUUUUGUAUAUGAAGCCAUUGCCAUUUUAGGCUAUUUGAGCUUUGGUAAACAGGUUCGAGGCAAUAUUAUUAUGGAAUAUCCUCCCAGUUACUUUGUUGCAGGAGGACGCCUUGCAAUGGUAAUAUCAUGCAUUUUUAGCUAUCCCCUUCAAGCGCAUCCUUGCCGUGCUUCUUUAGAUAAAGUCCUUACUCUUCUAUCGCCUUCCAAAGGCCUCAAAGCAUCGCCAUUGUCGUCACCACCGCCACCUUCUGCUUUCAAAUAUUUCGCAAUGACAACCACUAUACUAAUAGCAAGUUAUUUAGUAGCCAUCACUAUCACAGAACUAGAUUUGGUCUUAUCCUUUGUGGGAUCAACAGGAUCUACAACAAUUUCGUUUAUUUUACCUGGCCUCUUCUAUUACAAGAUUCAUGAAAAUGAUCAGUGGAAUUCUGCCAAGAUUAGCUCUGUCCUGCUGGCAUUGUAUGGCAUGUUUAUCAUGACAGUCUGUCUGACAUACAACAUAAUGCGGCUUACUAGCAAUGUUUCUUCAACUGCUUAGACUUAUACCUAUAAAAGAAACGCUUGACAAAAAAGUUAAUAAUGGAACAAUUUAUGUCCAAACAAAGAAUAAACAUGCUUAAAUUUCAUGUAAUAGAUAAUGAAGUCUUUUUCAUUAUACAGAUCAGG